AAGGAGCGCAGGGGGGAGUCAUUGCGCGGGAAGAGCGGGCAUCCCCUACCAGCCGCCUCUCUCCGGGUUCCUGGGGUCGGUCUCUUCGCCCGCCGCAGGAGCAGGGGCCGCGGCCUCCCCCGCCUGGACGCUCCUCCUGUAGGGCGGGGAGGGGGAGUGACCGUGCCAACCCGCCAGCUCCCUGCAGCCUGGCGCUUCCUUUCCCCGCCGGCUCAGCUCCGCACGCUGCCCGGCCGGCUACAGCACCCUGAACCCGCAGGCUGGGAGCGCAGCCGCCCGGCCAGCCCCGGAUCCUGCCCCCCGCAGCACCUUUACUAGCACCGGUCGGCUCGGUUGAAUUAAUGUCCCGGCGCUAGGCGGCCGGGGAGGGCAGGGGCUGCACCCAGGAGCCUGCGCAGGGACUGGAGCCGGCCCGGGAGCCGCUGCUGCAGCUGGGAGCCAGCCCGCUCUGCUGGAGCCAGGGGAACAGGCUCCGGUGGCUGGAGUCGGCGUGGGAGCGGCCGCUGCGCAAAGGAGGCGGCUCGGGUGGCAACAGAGAGCUCGGCAUGACCCUCAAGUCGAGCCGGGGCCACAGUGUGAACAGCAUGCGGACGGCGCUCUCCGACCUGUACCUGGAGCAGCUGCUGCAGAGCCGGCCCAAGCCCGAGGCCGUCGUGUAUCCAUCAAACACUGUGACCGAGGACAUCUACACCAACGGCUCAGCCAUGCUGGGCAGCCUGGCUCACAUGAACAGCCGGGAGGUGUGCAAGAUCCGGCUGGUCCAGUUCGAGAAGGUCACUGAGGAACCCAUGGGAAUCACACUGAAAUUGAAUGAGAAGCAGAGCUGCAUGGUGGCCAGGAUUCUCCAUGGAGGCAUGAUACAUAGACAAGGCUCCCUUCAUGUGGGUGAUGAGAUCAUAGAAAUCAAUGGGCAAAGUGUGAGCAACCACUCAGUCGACCAGCUGCAGAAGAUGCUGAGAGAAGCCAAGGGGACGGUCUCAAUAAAAGUCAUCCCCAACCAGCAAAGCCGCCUCCCUGCGCUACAGAUGUUCAUGAGGGCCCAGUUUGACUAUGACCCCAAGAUGGACAGCCUGAUCCCCUGCAAGGAGGCAGGGCUGAAGUUCAAGACGGGGGACAUAAUCCAAAUCAUCAACAAGGAUGACAGCAACUGGUGGCAGGGCCGAGUAGAAGGGUCCUCCACGGAGUCAGCAGGGCUGAUCCCCUCCCCUGAACUACAAGAAUGGCGUGUGGCUAGUACAACCCAGUCCAGUCAGAGUGAAGCCCAGAGCUGCAGCCCUUUUGGGAAAAAGAAGAAGUGCAAAGACAAAUACCUGGCCAAGCACAGCUCAAUUUUUGACCAGUUGGAUGUGAUUUCGUAUGAGGAGGUGGUGAGGCUGCCAGCCUUCAAGAGGAAGACCCUGGUGCUGAUAGGUGCAAGCGGGGUAGGUCGUAGCCACAUUAAGAAUGCCCUGCUCAGCAAGAACCCGGAGAAGUUUGGGUAUCCGGCUCCAUACACCACACGCCCCCAGAAGAAGAACGAAGUGGACGGGAAGGACUAUCACUUCAUCUCCACUGAGGAGAUGACCAGGGACAUCUCCGCCAAUGAGUUCCUGGAGUUUGGGAGCUACCAGGGAAACAUAUUUGGCACCAAGUUUGAAACAGUGCAUCAGAUCCACCAGCAGGAUAAAAUCGCCAUCCUGGACAUUGAGCCCCAGACCCUGAAGAUUGUUCGCACUGCCGAGCUGUCCCCAUUCAUUGUCUUCAUCGCACCAACAGACCAGGCCAAUCAGUCGGAAGCCUUGCAGCAACUACACCAGGAAUCGGAGAGCAUUUGCAGCCGCUACGCGCACUACUUUGACCUUUCACUAGUCAACAACGGUGUGGAGGAAAGCCUCAAGCUGCUACAAGAAGCUUUUGAGCAGGCCUGCAGCUUGCCCCAGUGGGUGCCUGUCUCCUGGGUCUACUGAGCAGUUGUCCAACCCUGGCAGCUUCCUGUUACUCCCAUCCUGCAGAAUGGAAUGGUGGGAAACCCCUGAUCUACAUAAUGCAACACCCAGCCCCCUUUCCUUUUAAUGUUCUAUAGCCCCAGUCUCACUUAGUCUACUAUGCACAGGAUAAGUGCAGGGAUCUCCAAGCUCAGGCCACAAGCCACCAGUCCUUGUGCAUCAGUACUACUGUAGUGUUGUUUGGGGGAGAAAUUCUAUUUUAAUCUUAGGGUCUGCAUCCUAGUGCUACACAGCUGGAGCCAUAGUGUCCCUCCACUCAGCAACACUCCUACUGAUCACACAGGGAAGCUUUCCCAAUGACUAAGGGGG